AUGCCCUCUACAAAAGAGGCCGCCCGUAUAAGGGCACCAGCCUCGAGAUCAAAUAACCCGCCAAUAACAUUUGACAUCCUCGUGAAGGUCCUACAGAAGACUGUUCUUCACCCGUUUAUUGCCUGGCUGAUACCUCUCUGUCUAGUCGCUCAGGCGACGCCAUACUCCCACCCGUCCUUUAUCAUAACUGCAGCAUACGCUACUUUCCUGAGCUCCUUCUUUGUGUUAUCAUAUAUAAACAACCGAAUAGCCUAUGGCCUACCCCGCAAUGUUGAUUUCAAAAGGGAGGUUGUUGUGGUUACAGGCGGUGCCAGUGGACUCGGGCUGGCUAUAGCAGAAACAUAUGGAAUGCGCGGGGUGAGUGUUGCGGUCUUGGAUGUAAAAGACCCGGCCGAUAAUGUGGGAUAUGUGAGAUGGGAUGAAUUCCCAAGCAUAGAAUACUAUAGGUGCGACAUGGGCAGCAAGGAGCAGGUUGAUAAGGUAGCCCGGAAAAUAGCAAAGGACCUUGGGAGGCCAUCUAUAUUGGUAAACUGUGUGGCGACUGCCAUCAACGGGCUUCCUUUACUCUUCCUCUCGGAACAGGCCAUCGACACAACUCUUAACACCAAUCUCCUCUCCUACUUCCAUGCGCUGAAAACAUUCCUCCCAGGGAUGUUGUCCUCUCGGACAGGCGGGACAAUCAUCACGGUGAGCUCUGUCUUAAGCCACCUUACCGCAGCUGGUCUGUCAGACUAUGUCGCCUCAAAGGCCGCCAUGGUGGCAGUACACAAAACGGUGGAUGCGGAAAUACGACAGUUGAAAGCCUCCAAGAAAAUAAAAACCAUCCUCGUCGAAACUGGCCAAAUCGCAACACCUUUAUUUGAAGGUGUAGAAACACCGAGUAGUUUCUGGGCUCCAGUCUUAGAGCCGGUCCAGGUUGCACGGGAAAUAGUGUCGAUGAUCGAUAGCGGGGAGGGCGGAGUGAUUAGAAUGCCGGCUUAUGCUUUGUUCGUGGACCUGUACGCCAUACUUCCAGCAUCUAUCCAGAGAUUUGCGAGAUUCCUAAGCGGGGUCGAUGCAGCCAUUGGUAAAUCGACAUUCUCAGCCUCGACGGAUAAUAGGCAGGAGGAAGAAAUGCCGCUAUCGAGCAGCAGUUCUGAAUAUGAAGAUGAUAGUGAUGCCAGCUGA